AUGUCUUCUUGCUGGCCCAGGUCGACCUCUGGUGGAAGAGGGCAACGUCCGGAGGAGAGUGCCCCACAGAGAGGAAGGCGUGGCAUGGGGCCAAACACAUCGGGCUGGUUCGUGGAGAAACAAAGGUGCAGCACCCCUGGCGACUGCGUGUGGGUUGUGAAGCAUAAGGAAGCAUGGCAAAAGUUUAGAGCGGGCUCCCCUGAGAAAACGGCCGACUGGGUGCGUAUUCUUGGGCUGCGAGUGCAGGCGUGGUCUAACAUGAUACAAACGCUGCAGUUGGGGCAAGAGGAAGAAGGAAAGGGGCAGGAGGGAGGUGCAGGAACGGAAAUUUUCAGUUCAGCGAAUCUGGGGAUGGCCAAGCUUGCCGUGGAUAGGGCUGGGGCGGCUGUCCGUGCCCUUCGGACAACUGCGCUGUUCAGUAAGGAGGUGGGAGGAGCUGUGCCAUUUGUGGGCGCCGCCCUGCAGCUGCUGGGAUUUGUGCUCGAGGUGGCUUCCAGAGAGAGGGAAGAGGUGGAGGGGGUUGCAUCUGCGCACUCUCGGCUGUUGGAGGUUGGCAGGCGAAUAAUGCAGGGUUUGUGGGACGCCUGUCAACAAAAUGACGAAGGCUACAUGGCUGUGCUCGAGGGCUUGAUGCAGUUCAUAGAGAAGGCUGCAAGGGCGCUGGAGCAGUUUCAGAGCAAAGGGAACAUCUGUAGGUUGAAUGAUGCCUUUUGGCAAACGAACUCAGGGCCGCAGUCAGUCUUGCAGGUCGUUGACGAGUGUGAUCGACGUCUGAACAGCACUCAAACAGACCGCAUGCAUAGGACGGUCAAGCUAGUGGAAGGAAAGGUCGAUCGCCUUCUGCAGCGUACCAGGUCAAUAUCGGGCCGUUUAGCCAUCAUUCCCAAUCGCCCUGAUGCAGUGGCUUUGGACGAAAAGGUGGCUGCCGUAAGGGACAAGCUGCUCAAGGGUGACAGGAAACACGUGGUGUUGCAGGGAAUGGGCGGAAGUGGCAAAACCACUUUGGCGGAGGCAACAGUCAACGACUACCACGUUCAGGCCAAGUUUGGGUCCAAGAUACUGUUUAUGACGAUUGGCCAAAAUCCGAAGGUUGAAAACUGCCUGAAGAGGAUACAGGAUGCCUUUGUCGAUGACGAAAAAAAGGUGAUUUAUCUAAAUGACGAAGAUUUCAGCAGGAUUCUGAGAGCUGUCUUGAAGGACGAGUCUGUGCUUCUGGUGCUGGACGACGUCUGGGAGAAGGGUGUUUUGAAGCACCUUGAUGUCGUGUCGAUGGGCAGCAGGGUGCUCAUUACAACAAGGAUUGCUGAAGUGGGCGAUUGUGUCCAGGCCAGUGCCUAUGAUGUGGAACCUCUGAACUUUGAAGAAGGCCAUGAGUUGUUCUGCAAGUGUGCUUUUGAUAGUGGCAAACCAUCAAGGUGGCAAGAACGACAUGUGAGGGAUAUUGUUCAAGAGUGUGAGGGUCUUCCCCUUGCACUGGAAGUCAUUGGAAGGGAAGUGAGGACCUACAAGGAGGGUGGAAACCGGAUGCCAACACGUUUCGAGAGGGAGAGAUGGGCGACAAUAGCCAAGGAGUUGAAAGGGCGCGGUAUUGGCCAUUCAGAAGUGUUUGACCGUGUCUUCUGCUUGAGCUUCGACAACCUUGAGAAGCAGCACCAGUCAGUGUUGUUGGAUUUGGUCAUGCUGCCCGAAGAUCAUUACGUGAGCGAGGCUGAUGUGGUGGAGUGGCAGGUGCACUCUGGCACAUGUGAGGAUGAGCACAGCGCGCGAAAAGUGCUGAGGGCCCUGGCAGGCAAGUCGCUGAUCAUACAGACAGGGGAGGAGCUCAUGGACACUGCUGAGUUUCAAUGUGGUGAUGCCGUGCAUUACCACCUGCAUGAUGUGAUCCGCGACAAUGCAUUGAAGUUGAUGGAUGUGGCACCACUGGCAGGGCGAAACAGACUGGUGUCCUCACAUUUGAUGGGCACUGCUGGCAUUGAGAGGACAUUCUCCUGCACCAAGUUUUCUGCCAGCCAGAGCCUGGACGAUGCCCAGGCUUUGGGUCUUGAGGCUGUGGACAUGUCAAUGUUGCAGAUCUUGCUCCUGAGAAAUGCCAGAAUUGCCGAGUUGCCUGCCUCCAUACUAGUCCCCUCGCUGGUUGUGCUGGACCUGUCAUCUUCUGGUGUGACAAAGCUACCGCCGCAGAUUGCGUGCCUCCAAUCUGCCAAGCUGCUGCGAGUGGAUGGUUGCGACAUGUUGGAAGGUCUUCCAGAGGAAGUGGGCGCAAUGAGCCAACUGGAGGUGCUGUCUAUGAGGGAUUGCAGGAGUGUGUACAACCUUCCAAACUCCUUUUGGGAACUGUCAAAUCUGACAAAACUUCUGCUGCCAAAAGGCGGAAUUCUGCAGUUUUGUCCGGGCGAAGCACAGGUUUUACACAAGUUGUCAGUGCUGGACUUGGCCAGCAAUACUGGACUGAAGCAGCUACCUCCCAGCCUUUGGGAGUUGACAAGCCUGACAGCUCUUAACUUGGGAGGUUGUUGGCGGUUGACUCAUUUGCCAGCAUCCCUUGGCUGCCUGGAAGAGCUGAAGGUGUUGAUUCUGCACGGAUGCGACAGCCUUGCUGAAAUCCCAGAUUCGGUGACAUUGUUGAGCAACCUAGAGGAACUGGAUGCUCAAGGAUGCCUCAACCUGGACUGCCUGCCUGGCGGUAUUGCUGAUGGCUGCCCAGAGCUGAGGUUUCUGCGGCUCCAAGGCAGCCAACUGGAGUUACCUGCAUUUGUUGAGAUGCUGGAUUGUCUGGAGGUUUUGGGACUUCCUGAGGGCUGUGAGAUUGCUGCUGAGCUUGCUGCACAGUUGUGUGCCAAUGGGGUGGAGGUGGAGAGGGAGAUGACAAGGGAAUGCGAGAAAAGAAGGGGAAUGUUGAGGGAAACACCCCUGCAUUGGGCAGCUCAGCACGGCCUUAUGGAUAUGGUAGAAUUCAGCCUGAGGGAAUCGGAGGUGGACGUACUAGACAAGGUACAACUCCGGCUCUUAAUCAUUUGA